AAAUUCUAAUUUGAACGUCUUUAAUUGUAGUACGCUAUACUUUUUAAUUGUUGAAAAUGGUUUAAUCACGAUUCUGUAUUGUAAAUUACCUGGAGUGGUUGUAAACAGUAUAAUAAAAUAAGUUGUAAACAAAUCCAAAAUGUCCGUUCCUAGCACUGGUCUGAGCAAAUUGAAGAAGAAACACAUCCGUGUAAAACAUCAAAAAGUGAAAUUAUUUCGUGCAAAUGAACCAUUACUCUCUGUGUUUAUGUGGGGUGUAAAUCAUACGAUAAAUGAACUAAGUCAUGUCUCCAUUCCUGUUAUGUUAUUGCCAGACGACUUCAGAGCUUAUUCUAAGCUUAAAGUGGAUAAUCAUCUAUUUAACAAAGAAAACAUGCCAUCUCAUUUCAAGGUGAAGGAAUAUUGCCCAUUGGUGUUCAGGAAUCUGCGAGAGAGGUUCGGUAUAGAUGACAUCGACUACAAAGAAUCACUUACAAGAUCUCAACCCACGCCUGACGACUCGUCAGGUAAAUCCGGCGCCAAGUUCUAUCAGAGUUAUGACCGGCUGUAUAUAUUGAAGACCUUGACCUCUGAAGAGGUGGAGAGGAUGCACUCCUUCCUCAAACAGUAUCAUCCGUACAUAGUAGAGCGGCAUGGGAAGACCCUACUGCCGCAGUACCUAGGCAUGUAUCGACUGACCGUGGACGGCAUCGAGCACUAUCUCGUCGCCACUAGGAAUGUUUUUUCUGAUCACCUCAACAUACAUAGGAAAUACGACCUGAAAGGUUCAACGGUGGACCGUGAAGCGUCAGAGAAGGAACUAGAGAAAGAACUACCCACGCUUAAGGACAACGACUUCAUCAAACAGGGCGUCCGCAUCGACAUCGGUGACGCUGCUAAAGAGAAACUCCUCGAAACACUUACGGCUGAUGUUGAGUUCCUAACGAAGUUACACUUGAUGGAUUAUUCAUUGCUGCUGGGGGUGCACGAGUGCGGGCGGGGCGAGGCGGAGGCCGAGGCGGCGCGGGCGCGGGACGCCGAGCGGGACAGCGACAACGGGGACUCCGAGUCCGACUCCGACACCGACAACCGCCACCACGGCGUCAGAUUGGGCUACAAUACGCCACCGGACAGCCCUCGUGGGUUCGCGCGGCAGUCCUCGCUGCGGUAUCAGGGCAUCAUCCCAGAACUGGAUAUAUACGCCAUCCCUAGCCAGGACGGUGCGUUCAAAAAAGAAAUAUAUUUUGUCGCCUUAAUUGAUGUUUUGACGCAUUAUGGAGUUAAGAAACAGGCCGCAAAAGCAGCGAAGACUGUGAAAUACGGGAGCAAUGUGGACGGCAUAUCAACUUGCGACCCGGAGCAGUACGGGAAGCGAUUCAUAGAGUUCGUCACAAAGGCCAUCGAGGGCAACUAACUUCCCACCGUCAACGCUUCUCUUAUCACUUCGGAACUUCAUCUCUGACGUAACAGGCAUGCCAUCAUCAUCAUAAUGACAACGACUAGUUGUCGUCCCACUCGGUUCGGGUUCAAGAGGACGAUAUAGCCGAUGCUGGCCAUUCGGCUUUAAAUACUUUUAUUUCGAGUUUUUCCCACUCUUGCACCGGAGUUUGUGCUUUACGACAUCCUGGUGAAAAUGAGUGGUCCAAAACCAAAGGAAAAACUAAUUGAACCUAGAAGCAAUACAAUAUGACAAAUUAUCUUAAAAAAGCAGAUGACAAUUUAUUGUCACAAUUUGUUUAAUCCUUGACAAUUACUAAGUUAAAUCACGGUUUCUCAAACUUUUAUAACUUCACAUACUCCUAUUAAGCUUCCUAGAACAUUGCAAACCAUUUAUGAAACUGACUAUUGAUAGAACAAUUAAGGUUAAUAUUAUUAAAAAAUAAUAUGCUUGUUAGAAAUGCAAAUAAAACAGCUAAGCUAAAUUAAUGUAAUGGGGGUAUUACAUAAAUUUUGUUGUGUAGGAAAGGUACACAUCACAAUUUAUGUUACUUAUGAAUAUCUGGUGUACACCAAGCGAUUGGAUUGGCCCACUUUGAGAAACCUAGGAUUUGGUGGCAGGGUGGCAUUACUCAUUUAGAAAAGAUUUUGGCAUGUAUUGUUAUAGUAUGGUCAAUGGAACUUAUCAAAUCUGGGACAGUUUUAGUUUCCGCUAGUUUCUCGACUGAUUAUGUUCCACUUUGAUUGUCUUAUAGGAUUUAUAUGGAGUUUACAGGGUGUCGUAGAUUUUCUUUGUGAGCAUACGGACAGAUUCUAAAAAAGAACAAUAUCGAAAAAGGCGUAACAAAAUAUAAUUUCGCAGAAGAUUAAAAUACAAGCUGUAUAUAGUCGGCAUGUGAUAAAGCGAAAU